AUGGCGAGCAACCUCCAAGUGAUCUCGCACCGCCUCGACAGCCUCCCGAUCCGCGGCUUCCUCGGCGUCUCGGGCUACUACUGGGGCCUCCUCCUCAAGACGGGUGUCGGCUGGGCGAUGGACUCGAUGGACACGUUCCUCUUCACGUACGCCAUUAGCCACUGGUCCAAGGACAUUGUCAACUAUGACAUUGCGACCAUGACGAUGACGCCGCUCAGCGGUCGCCAGAAGGGCCUCCUCGGCUCGGCGGCGUUUGCCGGCUCGCUCUGCGGUGCCAUCAUGUUCGGCCAGAUGGCCGACCACUAUGGCCGCAAGCCCAUGUUUAUGGCGACGCUCCUCGUCUUCCUCGUUGCGACGCUCAUCUGCGGUGCCGCCGACAGCUACGGCAUGAUGCUCUCGUUCCGCUUCAUUGCCGGCUUUGGUCUGGGUGGUGAGCUACCCGUCGCCGCCGCCUUGGUGCAGGAGCUCACGCCAACGGCCGUGCGCGGUCGCAUCAUCGUCCUCCUCGAGUCGUUUUGGUCGAUCGGCUGCAUGAUUGCCGUGCUUCUCGCGAUCGAGCUCACCAAGCACGUCUCGUGGCGCACGGUCUUUUACAUCUCUGCGAUUCCGGCCGUCUACGCCGUCGCCGAUCCG